CUGAGGCAACAUGACAAGUAUCAAAGAGAGGAAAGCAUCACACUGACUGUUGUCAUAACAACAUAUUGCAAUGAACGCCAAGCACCAUCUGCUCCGAGAUUUUUAAGACGCAUCAAGAGGACGAGCCGACGGAUAAUUAUUUCUCGGGAAUAAGAAUAAGACUGAAUGAUACAAGCGAUGGUGUUGAAAUUCAGCGAUAAAGUUUGGUUUGUUUUGCGAUCUUAGUUAUGAACAGUUGAGAAGCUUCUGGUUUCUGAUGUAGUAUCGCACCAAGGUCGGAUACAGGGGCCGUGUGUCUAUAGAGGCAGAAAUUAGGAAGUGGUCUUUAACAACAUGGUUUGUUUCAUAUCCACUAUAACGGGAACUGAAAGUAACAAUUUUACCAAUUUGGACAAAUAACUAAAUAACUACCUUCAACAUAGCAUGACGCUGGAUCUAAACUCCAACAUGUCUGUGGAUCAUCUCGCUGUGAAGACGGAGCAAGGCCCCUUCGAGUACCGCAUUGUCGGCCUGGUCUUCUACAGCUUCGUCUUUGUCAUAGGAGUCAUAGUUAACUUCACUGCCUUGUGGGUUUUUGCCUUGACCACCAAGAAGAGAAGCUCGGUCACCGUCUACAUGAUCAACGUGGCGCUUAUGGACCUCACCUUCAUUUUGCUCCUGCCCUUCAGGAUGGUUUACCUCCAACAGGACUACUGGCCCUUUGGAGAUGUUUUCUGCCGGAUAACGGCAGCUCUGACCAUCUUCUACCCCUGCAUGGCUCUGUGGCUCUUCGCUCUGAUUAGCGCUGACCGCUACAUGGCCAUCGUUCAGCCGAAGCACGGCAAGGAGCUGAGAAAUGUCCCAAAGGCAGUGGUGGGAAAUUUGGGGGUGUGGGUCAUGACUCUGGGCAGCAGUGUACCCCUGCUCUUCACUCAGGAUGAUCCUGAUCAGAUCUCCAACUACACUACCUGCAUCAAGAUGCAGGACAUCAUCUACAUGCGCCGUGAGAACGCCGUCAACUUCGUUAGACUCAUCUUCUUCUUCCUGGUCCCCAUAUGUAUCAUGAUUGGCUGCUAUUUUGUGAUUGUGGACAAUCUAAUCCAUGGGCGCACCUCUAAACUUAAGCCGAAAGUGAAGGAGAAGUCCAUCCGGAUCAUCAUCACUCUCAUUGUCCAGGUGCUGGUGUGCUUCGUGCCUUUCCACAUCUGUUUAGUCCUCCGCCUGGUGGGGAACGAAGAGGAUGGGGGCUUCAACACAUGGGCCGUCUUCACCACAUUCCUGAUGAAUCUGAGCACGGUCUUGGACAUCAUCUUAUAUUACAUCGUCUCCAAGCAGUUCCAGGACAGGGUGAUAAGCGUGAUCCUGUACAGGAACUACCUGCGUAGCGUCAGGCGAAAGAGCCGGCACACGCAAACAGGAAGCGUCAGGUCGCUGAGCAACCUAACCAGUGCAAUGAUAUGAAACUUUGUGGCACAGAUACUGUACCAACAAUAUGCACACUAGAUGCAUCACUGUUUACUGUUUAUGUAUAAUUACCUGAAGGACCAAGAAACUGCAAUUAAUUUUCCAAGUGCAAUUUACACUCACAGUAUGGGAGUGCUGAUGUUGUGGCGAAAACAUCUGUGUUCAGAGCUGAUUGACUCACCCAUGAGACUUGAGUUGUUUUCCGUGCCUUUUACUUCUCUGAUAAAUAAAGCUUCUGUGGCUCAGGUGAAAUUAUAACUGUUUGAAACAUAGUAUGCAGUAGUUGUGCACAAGCAUCGAAACCUCAAGAAAGGAGCAUUGAAGGGUCUGAAAUGCUCCACAGGAAGCAGCAGUGGGUUGUUCAAGGUUGAUGCUUGGUUGCUGCACCACAUUUUUAAAGGUCCUUUCUCUUCAGCAUCUCAGCUCUGCAAAGGCGGCGGGGGAGAAUCUAGCCAUGAGUGAUGCAUGAUGUCAUCUAUUUGCCUUGCAAAUACUCCACAUGUGUUUGACUUCUGCCAUUUCAUUUUGGAUGAGUUUAAGACCGACCACUUGAGACAGGAUGCAAUUACAACAUACAGCACUGACAGUAAAGGUUGCUCCAAAGGCUGUUUUAAAGGAACCGACCAGGUGAUGGCAGCAUGGCACAGCUUAGACUCCUUCCACCUGCGAGAUCUCCACACACACAGAGGUUUUUAAAACUUUCGCAAAGUUGACAUCGAAAUAAUUUUGUCUCUGGUGCUUCACCCAAAACAUUUACCUUUCUUACAUUUACAGUCAGAAAAGCAAUAGUUCAUCUUUUUUUCCAGUUAACAACAGUCAUAACAGCUUCCUCAACCAGGAAUCGGACUAAAGCAUGUUUAUGGUCCAAUGUGAAAAGUAUUGAUUAGGUGUUAAAUGAUUUAGUUGCUUGGAGUGCAUUUACAGUAACAUGCUCAAGAAAUGUCAGAGAGGCUAUUUACAAGAUUUACUGCAACCUCAACCUUAAAACCGAAACCUUUUUCAGCACAAUUAUGUUUCAGUUUCAGGUUUCUGCAUCAGGUAAAACAUGAAUUUUUUUCCAAAUGUCUUUCUCAGAUACAAGUACUGAAGUCAGAUCUGAAAUAUGUGGCAUAAGGAGAGGCUUGCAGAUAACACAAAAUAAACAUUUUAAAUGUUGGGAUUUCUUGCACAAACUUUAGACGUGCAAAGACUUACUUUAUGUUGAUCAUCCCAAAUAUAGGCUGGGAAUAAAAAAAAUCUAGUGCAAAAAUACAAUACAUUUCAGAGGAUACACUGAAGAGACCACCACAAGAUUUUUCCAAAAUCAGUAACUCUACAUUCAAUUCCAACACAAGCACACAUCAUUUCACUUAAUGAGGUACUUCUUAGGUCCCCACCUGAACACAACAGUUUUAUGAAAAAAAUGGUAGUGAGCACCAAAUAUAUUUUCCUGAUAUCUUUUUAAGUAAAAACAUAAGUAUUGUUUUUCUUGAAAGAAAUAAAAGUUAAGGAAAUAUA